AACAGUUUGCGUUGCUCCUUUAAGAGUGGACCCUCCCAUCUGCACAUGCCCAGUGAGUAGCUGCGGCCUGGACGGGGCACUGGCGAUUGUCUGCACAGCUGUCACACCUGGAUCAUCCUGUAACCCCUGCACUGACAGCUCUACAAACAGGGUAAAGCUCGUCACUGCGCUGGGUCGGACUGUUGAUGUUUGAACCCCACCCACUGGAAGACCCCCACUCUGGACCGGCUGUGUGGCCUGGGUGCCACAGAUGGUGACUUCAUGAGUCGGACAGCAGUGGCUACCUAUGAUCCUGUACGCCUGCAUCGUGAGGCUGCAGGAUGGUCUCCCGCUCUCGGCUUCCACAGAUUUCCACCCGAACAAACAAGUGUUGGAGUGCAAGAGAUGGCUGAGGAGGUUAUGUGUGAACCUGUGCCAGCGGCCGGCCAGGGGCACUGCUAUGGUGUGCGACCACAGUAUCCAUUUCCGCUCGGCAGGUGACGUUUCCUCUCUGACCAUCUGCUCCAGCAGUUUCCCAUCGGCCGCGGCGUUCUCAUUCCUGGAGGAGCUCAUCUGGGAGUUCUCAUCCUCCUACAAUAGCACCGCCAUCGCUCUGGCAUCCAGACCCUACACCUUCCUGGAGUUCGAUUGUGUCAUACAACGUGUGAAACACAAUUAUAACGAUGGCGCUAGCCCGCCAAUCCACCCGGACCGCGGCACCACGCCUGUCACUGUCCAGUUUGAGGAGGUAGCGGAGCUCAAUGGCGUUGCAAAUGGGCACACAGCUGCACAAGUGAGCCCAGCCAAUCACAGAAUGGGUCCGGUGAGCCUCCUGGGUAUCCUGUCGCUGACGCUGAACAUCAUGUGCGCUGCGCUGAACCUCAUCCGAGGAGUUCACCUGGCUGAGAACUCAUUCCAGGACGGAUAUGACAAUGCAGGAAGAGUUCUGGCUUUUCUCAUGGCUUUUUCUGCGUCUAUAUUACAGUGUUACCUCUACCUUUUCUACUGUCCGUCCCGCACCUUGAAAUCCUGGGGACUGCUCCUCGGCAUCGGCCUGUGUAACCUGCACUUGUACGGACUGCGCAGCCUGUGGCAGAUCGGCUUCCAUGUCUUUGUGGCGUUCCUGUCUGCGGUGCAGAUCGUGACCCGGAGACCUCUGGACAGACACAGUGACUGUGGGGUGUGACGACGGGCGAUGGACGCCUCUUAUUUAUAUGACUAUUAUUUAAUCUUUUUUAUAAAUGAACAUACAAGAACCUUCCUGACAAUUACUAUGCUCCUGCACUCAAUCGUUAUAAAUCAGGCCACUAGGUGGCGCUGUUCUGUGGCCACUAGAUGGCGCUGUUCUAUCCCGCACUUCAUCAUUAUAAAUAGGACCACUAGAGGGCGCUGUUUUGUGUGUCCAUUAGAAUUUUAUUUUGUGUUUUAUCUAAUGGCCACUGGGGGGCAGUAUGCCUCUUUAGCAGGGAUGCCCAACCUGCGGCCCUCCAGCUGUUGCAAAACUACAACUCCCAGCAUGCCC